UCAGGCUCCUAAUGAAAAUGGAAUUCCUAAGGGAAUCUUAAAUCAUACAGAAAUAGGUAGUGCAAAGCGAAUUGAUAUUUUAACAAACAAUUGUAGUAAACAAAAGUAUGCGAAAUAGGUUUUGCUCAAAGAAAUGUUUAUAUAAUGCGCUAUACUACAUAUAAAUCGAUAAAUUAUUCACUUUUCAGACUCAAACAUUUGUCAUGUCGGUAUAUAUUUCGUAAGAAAACACUUUGCACAUCUAUUUUAAUUAUACUUACUAUCUUGCUCUAUGUUGCCUAUUCCACAUAUUCAGCAUAUAGUAAGUGUUCCUUUCUUGAAGUUGAAGAAGCAGUAUUUACUAUU